UCCCCUCCCCUCUCUAUAUUACCUAGGUCCGCAUAAGCCCUGAGCCGACGAUUUCGCAUUCAGCCCCUGUCAACGACGCGCUCGCAACCCAACCGUACGUCACAACACGGUUCAACGGAUCUCUCUGGUACGACUCGCCGUUUAAGGGGCCGCCAGCUCCUGCCGUCGAAGAGGCGUGGCACCCGAUCAUGGAGUACGGGAUGAUCGCGGUGUCAGCGACGGAUUACGAGCGGGUAAACCACUCGGUCCGAACGGCGGUGCAAUUCCCAGCCGCAGCCGGGGGAGGUUACGUGGCUACGACGGUCGGGACGCACCAGCUGCACUGCCUACAUUACCUCUGGCAGGAUCACCACCGCGAUUACUUCCCCGACGUCCUGCGCAAGGCUCAGGAGGUGCCGGAGUUGUACGAACGCCACUUCGAGCACUGCGUUGAUUACAUUCGACAGAGCGUCAUGUGCCACUUCGACACGGGCUUGGUGACCUACGACUGGGUGCUGCAGCAUCAGAGCCCGACACCGAACUCGAACGCGAUGCACAAGUGCAUCGAUUGGACGGCCGUACAGGCCUGGCUGCGGGACCGGGCGGUGGGAAUUCCGGCCGGGUUUGAGUGGAAGCAGGCCGAUGGGCAAGAGAGCUUGCCGUGGAACCCAUGAAUUCGCCCUGGUGCGGGGAUGGAUGAGGGAUGCUGGACUGGGGCGUACCUGGCAUGUCGACCCGUCGACCUGUUGAGCAGCUAGCAGCUGGAGGGGGAGGGAAGGCUUGAUGGCGGCGUCGUAGUGGAGGAGAUGGUGAGAGGAUGCUGUAAGCAAGCCUAGACUAACGCCGGGUGGUUGACCUUGAAAGCUGAGCCUGUGCCUGAAGUGAUCUAUUAUGACAUCUGUCACGUAGUAAUUGAACCAGCCUAUAUAAGCCUACAUACCGCAAAGCGUGAAUGUAGGCGUCUACGUUUUACGUAACAACAUCUAAGUGGCAACAACUGCUGCUAAUUGACUGCUU